AUGUUCUCUCCGCCCACCGUCGCCGUCGAAGAAGAAAGACAGACCCACUAUCGUCGCCGCCGCCUUUUCCCCUUCCUCCUCCGAAGUAUACUUCUUAUGGACGCCGUGACAUUUCCUAGGAGGUUGUUCACAGAAGGAGAAGAACCGGAUUAUGAUCGCAGUGUUGUCUACUAUAGCAAGAACACUGCACUGUGGUCUCAAAUGCACACCACACUUGAAGAUGAAUGGGAUGAGCUUGAGAAUUCUAAGCUGGGACCCCUCUUCAGGUUCACGAAGCUCGAGUUUAAUUGGGCAUCGAAGGUGGCACAGACUAUGCUCACUAUGCAAGUAGCAUGCAAGAAGAAGUAUGAGAUAUGGAGUGCCGUGGGUGUACAGCCAGUGCGAUUUUCUCUGAACGAGUUUGAACACAUCACCGGGCUUAACUGCGAGUAUAAAGAAGCGCUGACGAAGCCAGAGACUGUUAACACAGACGAGAUGAAAGAGUUCUGGCGGAAGCUUGGUGUGAAUGAGAAGCUUGGUCCGAGCGUUGACGAACUCUUAGCAGCGUGCCAGUGGGCCGGAGAGUGGAGCAGAGAGGAUAGGCUGAGACUUGGUUUUUUGGCCGUAUACGCUGGCUUCAUUGAUGCUGAGAUGGACAAGAAGCAAUAUCUGUUGACUCAGGAGCAGCAGUUGUGGCAGCAAUAUCAGCAAGAAGGAAUGAGAGGUCAAGCUAGUUUGGCUAAGAUGAAUACAGCCCCAACCGGAAUGCCUUAUGGGAUGCCGCCGGUUAACGGGAUGGGACCUCCGCCGAUGGGGUAUUAUUACAAUAACCCUUACUGA